ACGCAGGGCGGGGGGAAGGAGCGCACGACGUGCGCGCGCCCUCCGCCUCUCCAGCGCGGCCGCCUCCUUCUUCUGCCGCUCCUGGUGCUGCUUGUGUGCGCGUUCGGUGCGGACCUGGUACCUCUUUUGUGAAGCGGUCGCUGAGGAGAUUUCCGGCGUUCGCCAUGGCCGACGAAAAGCCCAAGGAAGGCGUCAAGACCGAGAACAACGAUCAUAUUAAUUUGAAGGUGGCGGGUCAGGAUGGUUCUGUGGUGCAGUUUAAGAUUAAGAGGCAUACACCACUUAGUAAACUAAUGAAAGCCUAUUGUGAACGACAGGGUUUGUCAAUGAGGCAGAUCAGAUUCCGAUUUGACGGGCAGCCAAUCAAUGAAACAGAUACACCUGCACAGUUGGAAAUGGAGGAUGAAGAUACAAUUGAUGUGUUCCAGCAGCAGACAGGAGGUGUCUACUAACAGAGCCCACGACUCUCCUCCAGAACUCAGCUCCUCCAGACCAGGAAGACAUUCGCAAUUCGAAAACCGCAAUUUGGUUCCACCACAUCCUGACUACUACAGUAUAGUUUUCUCUAUUCUUUCAUUCUCCCCUUCCCCAUUCCUUUAUUGUACAUAAAGUAACUGGUGUAUGUGCACAAGCAUUGCAUUUUUUUUUUUAACUAAAUGGCCAAUGGUAUGUUUUGAUUGACAUCAGAUGGAGAUGGGAUGGGGAAAAAAUAUUGGUUCUGUGAAAAUACCCCCUUUCUCCAUUAGUGGCAUGCUCAUUCAGCUCUUAUCUUUAUAUUCCAGUAAGUUAUUUUGCUCUCAAUGUUUAACAAAAAAAGAACAACAUAAAAAUUCUUGCAUACCUUGUUUGAUUGGAGAAUUUUAAUGUUUUUCAUUUAUCAUUGUAAAACCAAGGACAAUUUUAUAACUUUUUUGUACGUAGCUGUUACAUGUAGGGCAAUCUGUCUUUAAGUAGGGAUAAAUUACUCUAAAAGAAAUGAAUCCUAGAUAGUUUUCCCUUCAAGUCAAGCGUCUUGUUGUUUAAAUAAACUUCUUGUUUAAAAUGA